UAACCGUAUCGUAAUUCAGUGAAAUUUAUCAGUAAAAGUGCAAUACAUUUGCUAAAACUGUUUACUGUCGGCUAUAAGCACCAAGGUUAAAGUUAUCAUCAUGGCUUUGCGUGCACAGUUCGAGAAUAAUGACGAUAUCGGUGUAUUCAGUAAACUGACAAAUUCCUACUGCCUGGUAGCGAUCGGCGGGUCUGAAGCAUUCUACAGUGUGUUCGAAUCCGAAUUAGCAGACGUUAUUCCCGUGGUUCACACAAGUAUUGCGGGGUGUAGGAUUAUUGGCCGGUUAUCGGUGGGCAAUAAGAACGGGCUCAUCGUCCCCAACAGUACGACAGACGUUGAGCUACAACACUUGCGAAAUUCCCUACCAGACUCAGUGAAAAUCCAUCGGGUUGAAGAGCGACUGUCUGCACUAGGAAAUGUUAUCGCUUGCAAUGAUUACGUCGCACUGGUUCAUCCGGAUAUCGACCGGGAAACGGAAGAAAUCAUUGUCGAUACUCUGGGUGUGGAAGUUUACCGUCAGACAGUUGCCAAUAACGUUCUUGUUGGGGCAUACUCUGUUCUGAGCAAUCAAGGUGGUCUGGUCCAUCCGAAAACGCCUAGCCAAGAUCUGGACGAGUUAGCAUCGUUGCUACAGAUUCCCCUAGUGGCCGGUACGGUAAAUCGCGGUUGUGAGGUACUUGCGGCAGGAAUGGUGGUGAACGAUUGGUGUGCGUUUUGUGGUACGAGUACUACAUCGACCGAGUUGUCUGUGGUGGAAAGCGUUUUCAAGUUGAACGAAGCACAGCCAUCGAAUGUAACCAGUAACCUUAGAGCAUCUCUCAUCGAAGCAAUGUCGUAAUACGGGUACCGGCUAACUCCGCCAACCUCGCAGAAGAGGACAGCAAGAUCACAGGUACACUUUUGGUUUAACUCUUGAUGUGUUGAAUGGUGAUCGUCAACAUGGUGAAUGGGAGUAAUACAUUCUAUCAAUGAACAACUAAUACAACCGAUUGUACAACAAACAGCAACAAGGCGUGAAUUUGAAAUACAAACGUGCUGUAUUCGCAUGCCACCAUAAAUUACUUUCGAAUUUCCAAUUGUUUAACAAGAUAAUCUAUGUUUCUGUUUCUUUUUUGAAAAUUCACUUCUUUUAUUUCGAAAAUUAUCAUAAUAUCGAACAAUUAGUUAUAUGAAAAUACAUCUGAUACGAGACUCAACUUUAAAAGUGAGCAUAAAUAUUACCGCAUAAUCUGAUUCCCGUCGAAUGUUGUUUGAAUUAUCUGUCUAGCUUGCCUUCCGUUGAUGCUGUAAAUUUAUUUAUAGUGUUUAUAUACGUUUUACGUAAGCUUUGUUGUUUUUUUGUUUUUUUUUGUUAUUCAUAACAUUCAUUUGUGUAUUUCG